UUACAAAAGAUCAGACAAAAUAUCCCACUGCGGACAUCCAGGGAUUUCUUCAAGGGUGGGCAGACAAUGAAUGCUCACAGGUACAGUACACGACACGGUGGUUUGUAAGGAGUCAAGUUUCAGAAUGAGUUCACAAGCUUCUAAAGAUAACAGUACUGCCACGAAGCCCUUUGUGUUUGAGCCCUAUAAGAAGCAUAAAAACAUAGGCAAAUGUUUAAUCAUCAGUAAUGAACACUUCCCUGGUUCACCACACUUGUAUAGAAAGGGUAAUUCAGUAGACGAACGCAGACUUUCAAGCACAUUCAAGUCCCUGGGUUUUCAUGUAAAGGUAGAAAACAACCUGACAGCUGAUCAAAUGAUCGGUGCACUGAGAAAAGUGUCUAAGGAGGACCACACAGAUAAUUCCUGCUUUGUAUGUGUGCUGAUGAGCCAUGGAGAGGAAGGGACAAUCCUUGGAUCGGAUGAACGCUGGAUCCCUGUCAAAACUCUGACCUCUCUCUUGACCUCUAACCUCUGCCCUAGCCUGCGGGACAAGCCAAAAAUUUUCUUCCUACAAGCUUGUAGAGGAGUGGAAUAUGAUCCUGGUGUCGAAGCAGACAGUGUUGAAGCGUCUGAAAACUUUUUCGGAAUAUCUGAUGUCCCUGAGAUGGAUUUUCUCUGCUGUUAUUCCACAGUGGAAGGCUACUAUGCAUGGAGAAAUCCAGAAACAGGGUCUAUAUUUAUCCACGAACUAUGCAAGACGUUGAUGGAUUGUCGUCUAGAGAUUAUUCAGAUUCUAACAAGAGUAAAUCAUCAUGUGGCCAAUUACUUCCAAUCUUACACCUUGGAACUGGAAACUAAUAGGAAGAGGCAGAUGCCAUGCUUCGCCUCUAGACUGACCAAAGAUUUUUACAUUCAUGUUGCGGAGAAGAAUAAGAAAUUGUAAUUGUCAAUCACUUGCAGCAAUUUUGAGCAAGUAUAAGCAGCACAGGGCAUUCACAGUGUUUCUGCCAGCCCUUAAAAAGUCAUAAUUGGGCUUUCCACAGUUUAAGGACUUUGUAUUAUAUUAUUAACAUUGUAUUAUUUUGUAGAAGAGCAUCACUUUUUGCAGUGUUAUCAGAAGGUGCAUAAAAAGGUAUAUGUUCUAGUUCAAUUAUAGGUAUGUGUUCUAUAUUAGUGUUAUAUAUUAUUUACGCUAAACAACUCAUUGCUUGCCACCUAUAAAUUCACAUUUAGAGGAAAAA